UAAAACGGUCAAGUCACCAAGGCCGUUAAUCCAACCUUCCCUCUUCCUCUGCUUUGUUCGGCUACUCAUCCAUGGCUUCCCUUUCUUCCCUGCCACCCCAAAACCCCCCUGCGUCCAACCCUGAAAGAUCGAAAACUCCCAGAAAAAUCUCUCCUUUCUUCACAAAAAUCCCUUCUUGGGUCUCCCUCAAUUCUUUCCCCUCCUCCUCCUUGCCUUCCAUUCGGACCGACAAGAACCAAAAGGGCUUCCUUGAAAACCUCCACUUACUCUCCCUCUCCAAACAGGGGAGGUUCCAUGAAGCUCGCCAAUUCCUCGGCUUUAUGGACUCCUCUGGAAUUCUGAUCGGGUCACAUUUCUAUAAAUUACUUUUCGAGGCUUGCGGAGCCCAGAGGUCUCUCCAUGAUGGAAGGUUCUUCCACCAGCACAUGCUCCAGAAUAUAGGGAGAAGGGAUUCUUAUGCAGUUCUUGGGGACUGUCUUCUUAAGAUGUAUUUUGAUUGUGCAGGAUUUGACGAUGCCCAUAAGUUGUUUGAAGAAAUGCGCAAUAAGAGGUUAAAUGAUUGGAGCAUCAUGAUAUCAGGUUAUGCUGAGAAUGGACUCUUCCAUGAAGCCUUCGCUUUAUUUUACAAGAUGAAAUCAGAGGGAUUUAGGCUGGAGCCAAUGAUUAUUACAUGUUUGCUGCAGGCAUGCUCAACUGCUUUGGAGCUUGAGCUUGGAAGGCAGAUUCAUUCUUAUGUAAUUAAAUCUGGGUUAGUUCCUGAUGUCUCCAUCGACACAGAGCUUGUUAACUUGUACGUGAAAUGUGGUUGCUUGGAGAGGUCUGCACUCCUUUUGGAUCACAUGGUGGAGAGCAAUGUUGUGGCGUGGACUAAUUUGAUGGUUGGCUAUACUCAGGCCCGGAGGCAAGUGGAGGCACUCGUAUUGUUUCAUCGGAUGAUGCAGAAAGGUGUUGAAGUGGAUCGCUUUGUAUUCUCGAUCGUCCUCAAGGCAUGUUCGGGGUUAGAGGAUCGGGAAGCAGGAAGGCAAGUUCAUGGGUGCAUCAUUAAAUUGGGAAUGGAUUCUGAUGUUUCAGCAGGAACUCCUAUUGUAGACUUUUACGUCAAGUGUGGAAGUAUAGUUGAGGCUUGCAAUGCCUUUGAUCGAAUCUCUCAACCCAAUGAGGUCUCAUGGAGUGCUCUUAUCACUGGUUAUGCGCAGUUGGAUAGAUUUGAAGAGUGCCUUGCAAUAUUCAGAUAUUUAAGGAGUAGAGAUAUGGUAUUGAAUUCAUUCAUAUAUACUAGUCUUUUCCAAGUUUGUGCUGCUUUAGCCGAUCCGAAUUCUGGUAGCCAGUUGCAUGCUGAUGCAAUUAAGAGUGGGCUUGUAUCUAAGCUUUAUGGAGAGAGUGCAUUGGUUACCAUGUACUCCAGAUCUGGUAACUUGGAUUAUGCUCGAAGGACAUUUGAAUUGAUAGCUGAACCUGAUACUGUUGCUUGGACUGCUAUUAUUGCGGGUUGUGCUUACCAUGGACAAGCUUCAGAAGCUUUGGAGCUUUUUAACAGAAUGGAAAGUCAUGGUGUUAAGCCGAAUUCCAUUGCCUUUAUUGGUAUUCUCAAUGCUUGUAGCCACUCGGGGUUGAUCUCUGAGGCUAGAGAAUGUUUGGACUCGAUGAGUAGGGUUUACGGGGUCAAGCCUACAGUUGAUCAUUAUAAUUGCAUGGUCGAUGUUUACUGUCGUGCUGGCCAGUUGGAAGAGGCAUUUAAAUUGAUCGAUUCUGGGUCUUUUGAACCUGAUGCUAUGAGUUGGAAGAUUUUGUUGGGUGGGUGCACCACUCAUCAAAAUGUCGAUCUUGGGAAGAUUGCUGGGAAGAAUUACCUUAAGAUGGAACCAGAGGAUGCUGCUGCUUAUGUUCUCACAUUUAAUAUGUAUGCUUCAGCUGGGAGAUGGGCAGAGGCAGCAUCUAUUAGAAAGAUGAUGAAUGGAAGAGGUGUCAAAAAGGAGGUAAGCUGCAGUUGGAUAAUAGUUAAAGAUAAGGUGCACAGAUUCGUCGUGGGAGAUAGACACCACCCCUUAACUGAACAAAUCUAUUCCAAACUGAAUGAAUUGGACAGUUUAGUAAUGCUUUCUCGACGAGCUCUUCUUACAGAUGAGAGUUCAAAUAGUUUGCACAAGGAGCGAAUGGAACAGCUUCUUGACCACAGCGAGAGGCUAGCAAUUGCCUUUGGGCUUAUAUCAGUACCUAUCAAUUGCCCUAUCCUGAUUUACAAAAAUCUUCGUGUUUGUAAUGAUUGCCAUUCCUUUAUGGAAUCAGUUUCCAAAAUUACAGGACGUGGCAUUAUUGUGAGGGAUUCUGCCCGAUUCCAUCAUUUUAAAGAUGGAGAGUGUUCUUGCAACAAUUAUUGGUGAUCAUAGUGGUGAUUUUAAAGCAUUUACUUGUAAAGUACUGGUUCAAAUUGAAAUUUUCUGGGAUGAAAAUUAUAAACUCAUUUAUUUAUUUUAUUUGGAAAGAUUAACUUCCUUCAGUGUGAUAUUAUUUAUGCCACCA